GCGGAUAAUUCAAAUUUAUAUUUCUCCACACGAUCGUUCGGAAUGAUAUAAGAAUCGAUAUUCGUUGUGCUAUUACCUACAUAUAUUUAAACAUUUCUACGAAGUUUUCUCAAGAAAAUAUCGAGUUAUAAACAAUAAAAUAGAUACAAUCCUGAUUUUUGCCAGUCUUUACGUUAUGGCAAUUCGUCCUGGUGGUAGGGAUUCGCGUGGAUGUAGUGGGGAGUAAGGCUGAUUUCCGUUCAGGGGCGCGUUUAUGGCGUAGCGCAGCCGGCGGGAGAGGCGAAAGGCGGCGCGGGAGAAGUGGAAAGCCGGGAAGAGAGAGCCGACGAAGGGAAGAAUCGGGGUCCACAACAAAAUCGCUUAAUCGCUUUGCGCCACCGUCCGCAACGGAACACGGGUCGUCCGCCGCCAUCACGGUGCCCCCUAGUGUGCAUUUAUGUCUUUCUCUUUCUCCGUCUCUGUCCGUGAUUUGCUACACCACUUCGUGCCGCGACGUUUUCACGGACAAACCAAGAGUGACAGCUGCCAAUCGUCAACGCGGUACGUGUUUUACGCGACGACUAACAAUUGUUCGUGUGUCAUUUCGCGUAUACGUAAACUUUUGUGAAAAUUCUUCGUAAGUUCGGUCAUUCCGUGCGUAGCCGUGUGUUACGAGUGCUAUAACCACGACAAAAGUGAGUGUCUCUCCUGUGGACCUCGGCACGGAGUUGCCAAACAUCGGCUAAACUUUUGUUCCGGCUGUGGUUUUGUUCGUAGGUCAGGUCAUGGUGAGCGGCGGUAUGGCCGGGCAGCACUACUGCCUGCGCUGGAACAAUUACCAAUCAAACAUGACGUCCGUUUUCCACCAACUCCUUCAAACGGAAGCCUUCGUGGACGUCACGCUAGCGUGUAACGAGGCUUCCUUGAAGGCGCACAAGGUGGUAUUGUCAGCCUGCAGUUCCUACUUUCAAAAGCUUCUGCUAUCGAACCCGUGCAAGCAUCCGACAAUCAUCAUGCCCCAGGACGUUUGUUUCAAUGAUCUCAAGUUCAUCAUUGAGUUUGUCUACAGGGGUGAAAUCGACGUGUCACAGGCGGAACUUCAGUCACUGUUGAAAACAGCCGAUCAACUCAAGAUCAAGGGUCUCUGCGAGGUUCCGGAAAGCAGAGACGGUCCACCAUCAGUUAGUCUGAGUUCGCCACCAAGAGAACCCGGCACUCCUAGAAUAAAUUUCACCAAACUGAAACGACACCAUCCGAGGUACAAGAGAGCCAGAACGAGCUUUGAACCUCGCGCGACAGAUUCAAGGCACUACGACAGAUACAAAGAAGAGGAGUCGAACGAAAAUUACAAUCGAGAGAACAAAGAGAACCACAGGGAUUGGCAAGCUGAAGAUGAAGAGUGUACGGAAGGAACGACCGCAGCAGUAGCUCUAGAAACUUGCCAGCGUAAUAAUAACAACAAUAAUAUUAACAAUAGUAACAACAACAAUAAUAACGGUAGUAAUAGUAGCAACAGUAACGGCACCAACAAUAACAACGGUGACAUGUUUUGUCAUACAGGACUCGGUCAUUACGGACACCAUCCGGAUCCUGGAGACGUCGAUCUGCCUCCAGAGACCCAACCUACACCACCCAGUGCCACGUUAGUCGGUACGACGAUCACCCAUCUGAGAGAUCCGGAUCAUCAUGCGACAGAGAUCCAAAAUUGUGACAGUGUAAAGAUCAAGUUCGAAACGUUACACACGAUGGAUUCGUCGGAUACGAUCGACAUCGACAGCCACAUGUCGGACCGGGCGAGCGUCAGUUCAAAGAACGCGGCCGACAACGACAACAUGAUGAUGAUCACCCCGGAACUACUCGGUCUGAUGCCUUCUGGAAGCUCCGUUCACUCGGAUUCCGGCGAGAACAACUCGAGGGGCCAUUCUGGCCAGUCCAGUUCUCACCAUCACGGCUCCAAGUCGUGGACCCAGGAGGACAUGGACGCCGCGUUGGAAGCGUUGAGAAACCACGACAUGAGCCUGACGAAAGCCUCCGCAACAUUUGGUAUACCGUCGACGACGUUAUGGCAACGGGCGCAUCGGUUAGGUAUCGACACGCCAAAAAAAGACGGUCCAACUAAGUCGUGGAGCGACGAGAGUUUGAACAACGCUCUCGAAGCAUUGCGAACCGGUACGAUCUCGGCGAAUAAAGCGUCGAAGGCGUAUGGCAUACCUUCAAGUACGUUGUACAAAAUCGCGAGGAGGGAAGGCAUCAGACUUGCCGCGCCUUUCAACGCGAGUCCUACCACUUGGUCGCCCGCUGAUCUCGAUCGCGCCCUCGAAGCAAUCAGAUCCGGCCAAACGUCAGUGCAAAGAGCGUCCACGGAAUUCGGCAUACCGACCGGCACGCUUUACGGUAGAUGCAAGAGGGAGGGCAUCGAACUUAGCAGGAGUAAUCCUACGCCCUGGAGCGAGGACGCCAUGACGGAUGCCCUCGAAGCCGUCAGAUUAGGACACAUGAGCAUCAAUCAAGCUGCUAUUCACUAUAAUCUACCAUAUUCUUCUUUGUAUGGUCGUUUCAAAAGGGGGAAAUACGAAGAGCCAGCUGUUGGUGACUUGUCGCAAGACGGCAGCAAUCCUCAUUUCCAUCAGAGUCCAACUCAGAAUCAUUCGUCGGCGGUUCCGGAUCAAAUGCCGUACCAGGGCAGCUGAAACUUACCUCUUUAUUAGAGUGCUAAGUUAACUUAAUCCUUGAACUCGUAGUUACAAUUAAUUCGAUGUUUUGGAAACAACAAAAGUCAUCGACCAAAAAAAAAAGAAAAAAUAACGCGCGUCACCAAAACGAUUAGGGAAUUUCGAGUGCACGAAUGCCGGAAGUUAAGACAAAUGGUAUCACCGAUAUCGGGUAAGGGUGUAAAAAUCCCGCAGUAUUAAAGAUGGAUUACCAUAAGCAAAUAUUAUGUAUAUUAUAUGACUUUCAGGUCAAGUCGGAAACGUAGGUUAAUUAUAAUUUAUAAGAAUUAUUUAUAAAAAAGCAAAAAAAGAAAAAACACUGUACAGUCGGGAUAAUCCCGGUAAAUCUACUUUAGCACCUAAGUCAUUGGUAAGCCAAUAAGCGAGAAUAUAAAAUAUUCGGAUAUCAUAUUAAUUUAAAUCGCGGAAAAUCAAUCGAUUCGUUUUUCACGUUUGUACACAUCGUUUUAUAUUUUGAUUGAAUAUUCUCAUUAAACAAUCGUUUUGAUUUUAGAGCAAUCGAGAUUCAUGGUUCCUUGAUGAAACGUAAAAAUCGGAUUGUUUUUAAAUUCGUAUUAACGAGACAAUACUGCCGAUUUUUCCCCCGAUUAAUUUUCCAUUCCCCCGUUUCAUCCUUACGUUUCAUACAAUUUUUUGAAUAUUUCGCGUACUUUAAUUAAAACGUACAAUACGUUGCAAUUUUAUAUUUUUGAAAAAGGACUGAAUAGUGUAUAUUAAGUAUAAGAAAGCGGAGAAAACUGAAAAGGGAAAGAAAAAUACGCGGAGUUUCAGAAAUUUUUAUCGAUUUUUGAAAACAGAGAAAACGUUCUCGUUCGACUAAACUGCCACGUGUAAAAAUCUGUUACACUCAUUAUUAAUUUAUCAUGCUCACGACUAUUAUAUAAAAAAACGUAUGAAUAAACACGAAGAAAAUAU